AUGAUAGCAGAGCCCAAAAUUCGUUUUGCCGUUAGUUGUUCAUCUAACAUGAAUCGUUCCAUGGAAGCGCACAAUUUUAUGAAAAAGAAAAAUUUUUUAGUUGAAUCAUUUGGUUCUGGUGGUCAAAUAAAAUUACCAGGACCUUCAUUUGAUAAACCUAAUUGUUAUGCAUUUGGUGAAGCUACAUAUGAUUUUAUUUAUAAAGAUUUAGCUACAAAAGAUAAAAGAUUUUAUACAAGAAAUGGUUUAUUAGGAAUUCUAGAUAGAAACAGAAAAAUUAAAGAGAAACCAGAACGUUUUCAGGAUCAAGAUCAAAUUUUUGAUGUUAUAUUAUGCUUGGAGGAGCGUGUAUACGAUCACAUUGUUGAUUUUCUACAGAAGAAACCUUCAAAAACAGGUGAAAGAGUUUUUGUUAUAAAUAUAGAUAUCAGAGAUAAUUUACAGGAAGCAACAAAAGGUGCAUAUGUUAUUUGUGAGUUAUGUGAAAUGUUAGAAACUUUAGAUGAUUUGGAUGAAGGGAUUGAAGUUUGUCUUGGUACUUUUGAAAGAAAAUAUCGAGAUAGAAAUUUGAUUUACACUGUGUGUUUUUAUUAA